AUGUCCAAAACCAAGGACGCCAAGCCAUACAAAUUCAGCACAGCUGACUCAGAGAGGUGGAAAGGAAAUCAGGACAAAAAGCCAAAAUGUCUUCUGGAGGAGGAUAUUGCCAGCCAGAAUAACUGUGAGAGAUGCAAGCAUAGUCCUGGAAACAAACAGCACAAUUCCUUUAAAGCCCUAAAGGAGGAAGAUCUUCCUGCAGAGAAGUAUUUAAUGGAAAGGCAGCCUGUAGGUGAGCCAGCUGCAGACCAGGUAGCUAUGGAUGUGAUGCACAGCCCCAUCCUCCAACUGGAAAGGAAACACAAAGUCUCAAGUGACAGCAACCAGACAGAGACUACUGCAGAGAAGUUGCCAGAGGACUCUUUCCUAAAAAACAAGCAAAAACAGGUUUAUAUAGAUACCUGGCCCUAGAGGGAAGUGACAAAUUCCUCUGUCCACUUAGAAGACCCACAUUAUAGUGAGCUGACCAACCUGAAGGUGUAUAUUACAUUUACAGGGCUACAUCCUAAGAAACACCAUUUGAUGCACCUUAGAGAACAGUGGGAGCAGCAGGUGUUGGCAGCAGAGAACAAACCUAGUCUGCAAAGCAGGAAGGAAGUGACACAGAGAGUCCAGCCUGAGGUCACUGCCUGGGAUUAUGAUAUCAUGAAAGAGAAACUCAGCAAGAAAAGGGCAGAGGUCAAAGGCAACAGAAGCUGGUUGGAAGAAUCUCUUAAACCCAGUGACAAUGAAGAAGCCUUGUCUAUGUUCUCAGGCCCUUCACCGAAGAAUAAGAUUUUAUCCAACAAUGCAAGCAGCCAAAAGCCGACUCACUCAAGCUGCAUACCAUUGUUGAGGCUGCCUGAUAAGCAGCAGAAAGUUAAUGAGAGCGUUAAGACAGACAUGCUGUGCACAGACAAGGAAGAGGAGUGCCCUGCUGCCUCCCUGCUGCAGAAAUACACUAAUAACAGUGAGAAGCCAUCUGGGAAGAGACAAUGCAAAACCAAGCACUUGAUAUCUCAGGACCCGAGGCAGGGGUUCUUGCUAACAGGGAAGUGCUACGUUGAGAAUGCUGAUGGCAAGUCAACUGUCCCAAGAUUCAGAAAGCAACUUGAACCCAGUUCCAACUAUGAUCUGACUUCAUCCAAGCAGGAGAUGAAGCCCUUCAACUGCUUGCAAGAGUUGCUACCAGCUUCCCAGUCCAUGAAGCUGCCACACUCGUGUUCCCCUCAGGAAACCAACUAAUCUCGCCCAGUGCAGCUGAGAGCAAGGAGAAUUAUUGUCGAUAGGCAUGCUGGUGAGACUCUCCUGCAGCGGGCAGCAUGGCUUGGCUAUGAGGUGAGUGUCCUGGUGAGCACUCCUAGAGCAGCUGCUGCUUCUAGCUGGAAAGCAGGGCUUGCUAGCUGGGAUGGGAUAGUGGGAGUGCCUGUUCAUGUCCUUCGCCCACUUUUUGAUGGGGUUGUACUAGGCCUUUUCCAUGGUGCAGUUGAAAAUGAUUGUUUGGAAAUUGUCCGCCUCCUCCUUUCCUAUGGCGCUGGCCCCACUUUGGCCACCUACUCAGGCAGAACCAUUAUGAAAAUGACCCACAGCAAAGUUAUGGAAAUGUUUCUAACAGAUUACUUAAAUGACCUGCAGGGUUGCAGUGACAGUAAGCUGAAUAGCUCUUGGGAGUUCUACGGCAGCUCUGUCUGUGAACCAGAUAAUGGAGGGGAAUCCAAUGUUUUGGCAGACCCCCCAGGACCAGAGGACCAGGAUGAUGACAAUGAGGCUUGCAGUGAUGUGUUUGAAUUUAAAUUUUCAGAUACCCUCUUACCUUGUUACAACAUUCAAGUUUCAUCUUUGCAGGGACCACAAAACUGGUUAUUGCUUUCAGAUGUACUUAAGAAAGUGAAAAUGUCAUCCUGCAUAUUUCGCUGGAGUUUUCCACAUCUGAAAAUUGUCCCAAUUGCAGAGGCAGAGUUUUACAGACAGAUUUCAGCAAGUAUCUUGUUCUCUUCCUCCAAAGACUUGGAAGCCUUCAAUCUGGAAAGCAACAAACUACUAGAUUUACUAGAAUGUACAAAUGAACUCCAGAUUCUCCUUGGCUCCUCUCUGGAAUGCUUAAAUCCCAGGGAUGUGGCCUUGGAGAAGGACCACUGA